AUGCGUCCCUCUGUCGUUGCAGCCAUCGCUGUCGGCUUUUUGGCAGUCUUGUACUGCAUGGAGCUCAAGGAGAUUGAGAUCAAGGAAUGGAUCGAAAUCGGACUCGAUUCCAUGAAGAAACGCAUCAACGAGAUGAAGGAUAUUCACAAGGAAAUCUUCCUUUAUUUCGUCAUCUCUCUCGCCAACUUCUUGAUCACUGAGGGUGUUCUGGCGGUUCGUCGUAUUAUUCGCUGA